AUGAUUUCCACAUCAUCAUCGUCAUCAACCGAAACUUUGAUGAAUAAUCACAUUGGCAAAACUCAAUCACUUCGUAGUACACAUAGGAAAUAUUCAAACAUGAACGAAAAUAACAAUCUACAACGAAGUUUGAGUCAACCAGCUGUUCGCACAUCCGAUAGUGAUGUUCUUUUGGAAAAUGCCACGAAUCUGCUUGACUCGCCUGUCCAUGCACUUCGACCAGCACAUCAUAAAUCUCGUAAUACCUUAUCACCAACAAAUCUUCAGUCAGGAAGAAACUCCCUUGCAGCACCCUCAUCCGUUGGUGAAAGCAAUGAUUGUUCAAAUAUGUCAACAAUGCCAAUGACAUCGAUCUAUCGAAUUCUAAUCAUUCGUUCAUUUGCAUCGGCAUUCGCUCUCGGUAGUCUUUUCUCUACAGAAAUCUUACAAACAUCAAUUUAUUCAGAAAAACUUAGUUUUCAAACGCUACUCACAUUUCAUCUGUGUGCUUUUGUCACAGCUAUUCUACUAGCUACGCAUGCGUCUCGUAUUCAUAUCGUUCGUUACCGAUGGACAAUUUCCAGUGUUCUCGCUUACGAUCGUUGUUCGCAAAUUCUCAUCGUUCUCUCAACGAUGUUCACUGGCACAUGGGUAGCAAUACAAUACUGUGAAUCAUGUUAUUACACCUUAUUAUUAAGUGCAACAAUUAGUGGUAUCAGUUACAGUUGUAUGAUUAUUAAAACAUUCGAUCAUAUUUUACAACUAUCGACAUCAUUGCCGAUUCAGAGUGUACAAAAACUAACUAAACGACUUAAUAUAUUUGCAUUUAUUUAUAAUUCCAUCUGUCAUUUAGCAUUCACCAUUGGCGGACUUUUUCUCUUUGCAAUCAUAUUAUAUCAACAAUAUCGAAGAGAAUAUGUUUUAAUUGGUGCGCAACCAUGUCUUUUAAUCCCUUGCUAUCAGUUCGAAAAAGAAGCAGAUAGUGACGAUAGAAGAUUAUUCCGACUACCGCCACAACCAGUUUUAGUCAAUUUGACUAUGCACUUAAAUGAAAAGAAACAAGAGUGGCGAACUGAGCCGGCACGUUAUAUAUUUUUCGUUACUUUAUUGAUAUUAACAAUCAUUAGUUUAUUACCACAAGCAGGCGCCGAAUGGACAACGUCUAUUCUGAGUAAUAGUCGACGUUUUUCUAUUCUUUACUAUACCAAUGAGGACGCACAAAAGGAAAUUUCAAUAGCAUCGAAGAGGUUAAAUCGUUGUCGUCAUUAUUUAUUCGCAUUAUUUAUUGGUUUUCAAGAGGGCUACGUGUUUGGUAGUAUUACCAAAUUCGAUGUGACAUGUCUGUUUGGUUUACGACAUACAGUCGAAAUGAUGAUCGUUUAUGGCUUAGGUGCAACUCUUGCUAGUACAUUAGUUCCUCUAGUUAUCGAACGUAUUUCUUCAACAAUAUUAAUAUCAUUUUCCACAUGUUUCCAUUGUUUGACAUUGGCAUUAUUAUUUUUCAGUCGAGCCCAACAUAUUACCUACAUUUCACCAUUAAUUAUAAAGUACAUUUUAUUUUUAUCGUUUGGAAUUGUUAUUGGUCUUUGGUCAACAGUCGCUGUCUAUUAUCUGUGCGAUUCCACGAAAUUUUCUUCGUCAUCGAGAUUUGCUCAAUCACUAGCUAUUCGUUCUUUGGGCCGUAUAAUCGCUUAUACGUGUACAUUACUUCUAUGUCAAUUAUUACUUUUCUACAUCAAUGCAAUAUGUUUAUUACUAUUAUUCGCUUUUCUAUUCAUAUGCUAUUUUUGUUGUAGAGAAAAGAAACAAUAA